AUGACCACGAGAUAUCGCGUUGAGUAUGCACUCAAGACUCAUCGCCGCGAUCAAUUCAUCGAAUGGAUCAAAGGCCUAUUGGCCGUGCCUUUCGUGCUUCUAUCACAACCUACGAACCUCCACGAAGAUGACAAGCCUUCUGUGGACCAAAUGGCCAAAUCGGCGCACGAGCGAUAUGCUCAAAUCAUGAAAGACGUCGAGGAGCUCAUAGUCGACCACAUCGCUCACCAAAAAGGGGGCUUGGAGAACAAGUCGAAGUUGAAGCUGCUUGUGCCAUCGAUAGGCACGUUUUUCACGCCCCUUCCACUCCAAGCGGCAUUCUUGCUGCAGGAUCACAAACGCCGAAUCUCCAGCCGUCGCUUCGUGGCACCCUCGUUCAAUGACGUCCGUCAGGUCCUGAACACAGCCCAAGCAAUGGCUUUGGUGAAAGCAAGCAAGCUGGAGUUGGUCACUUUCGACGGAGACGUAACUCUAUACGAUGACGGCGACAAUCUGAAUCCUGACAAUCCUGUCAUCAAGCGCAUCUUGGCUCUAAUGAGGUCGGGAGCUAGAAUCGGUAUUGUCACAGCAGCAGGCUAUACUGAAGCCGAGAAAUACUACCAGCGCCUUUUUGGUUUGCUCGAUGCCGUGGCUGAUGCAGACCUCAGUCACGAUCUGGAAAAGAGACUUGUGGUUAUGGGCGGGGAAGCCAAUUUCCUUUUCACCUACGAUCCCAACGUGGACUGCAAAUUGGUUUCUGUGCCUACAAAAGAUUGGCACUUGCCGGAAAUGCAGACCUGGACGGAAGAGAAUGUCAAAGCUCUGCUCGAUGUCGCCGAAGUCGCACUACAGCACUGUAUAGACUCCAUGAAUCUACCUGUGCAGGUGCUCCGGAAAACCAGAGCUGUUGGCAUAUUUCCACCUAAAGGUGUCAAGCUUGCAAGAGAACAGCUCGAGGAGACAGUCCUCGUUGUGCAGCGAAUUCUGGAAAUGAGCGAAGCCGGGCAACGCAUUCCAUUCUGCGCAUUUAAUGGCGGCAAUGACGUCUUCGUGGACAUCGGCGACAAGUCAUGGGGUGUGAUGGCCUGCCAGAGGUAUUUCGGAGGCAUCGAAGGAGGGAGGAGUCUACACGUUGGCGAUCAGUUCUUGAGUGCAGGUGCCAAUGACUUCAAAGCUCGACUUGCAUGCACGACGGCAUGGAUAGCAAAUCCUACUGAAACGGUAGCAUUACUCGACGAGAUAUUAGAGCUCAUCUCUUCGAAAUGA